GUUUCUGGUGUGCAGUCGUACAGUUUGCUCAUCGUCUUACUGCAAAAAUGAAGCUGAGACUGAAGCUCCUGCUCAGUUUCGCUCUCAGCCUCUUGCCGUUGUGCUCGACUCAAGGGUGUAAAAGCUACCAAGUUAGAGGCUUUAUUAUUCAGCUCGAUUCAGGGCCGAGAAAUAUAACCGUUUCGCUGGAAAAGAAUCAGAACAUGGAUUUAAAACUUGCACACUAUCGAGUAUCGCGCACAUUUAGAGAAAGAAUGUGUCACGUCAUUAACAUAAAAAAACGAGGUCCCUGGUUCUGCGUGGAAUCUGAAACUCUGUCUUUUACGGAAGUAUGCAGACGCGGUGGCGAGUCGCUCCACCUUUUCAGUUAUGCGAGUGCCACGUGGACGCUGGACUGCCCUCCUGACUCCGGCAGUCGGACCCUUUCCUGUUCCGGCGAUCUCCACCCUCUGCGACUCCAGGCGGUGCUCCUUGGCUUGGAUUCCGGAGACUUUGCCUUCAAGUGGCGGCCGAACGACAUGAAUACUUCCGUCCUUCUGUCGUGGGAAACGGUCGGAGAGGUUUACAAAGGACGUAACCCAUCUGAAUGGAGCGAUUUCUUAGUCAGCCGUGGUGUUAGCGGGCGCCCGUGCCGAGUCUACAGUGAGGCAUUGAACGUAAACUUGUCCUGUGACGCAGCGAAGGAAUUCGUAUCAUUCGGAAGCUUCAAUGAAGUCUUCAUUAGUGUGGCGAGUGACUUUGCUUUACCGUGCGAGUACCUCCCGGAGGACAGUGCUUGCAGUGACACACUUAAAAGAUACUCAGGCAAGAUGUUCCAUAGGAAUAUGUUACGUCACAAUAUAAUCACAUCUGUUUCAUAAUGUUACUUUUUCAAGAAGA